AUGACACGACUCGCGCAGCUCUUCUCCGCUGCGCUGGCGCUGGGCGCCUUGGCCCAGGGCCAGCAAUCUGUCCUCUCCGAGGAGGAGGUUGGCCGCCUCAAUGACGAAAGCUUAUUUUGGGGCCCGUACAAGUCCAAUCUCUAUUUCGGCGUCCGCCCGAAAUCGCCAAAGGGCUUUUGGUCCAGCUUGAUGUGGGGAGGCGUGAAUUCAUAUGAGCGGACACCACACGUAUUUCGCUACACCUGCGAGCAGGGCGAGGAUAUCCACGGAUAUGGCUGGGACGAGUAUGAUGCCCGAACCGGAGGCAUACAGACGAUUCAUGAUGAUGGGAACCAGGUCGACAUAACAACCUCUUUUGUCAAGUUCCCCGGCGGAGAACAUGGCGGCAGCUGGGCUGCCCGGAUCAAGGGAGACCUGCAGCCUGGUGCUCCCACGGAUACCAAGACCAUGCUCUUCUACUAUUUGAAUGAAGAGGAGGGCAAGUUGGCUCCCACUAGCAUGGGUAGCGAUGGUGGCUUUGGAGGGGAUAUCGAGUUCAAGGGCUCUUCGGAUGUCUUGGGUGACUACAAGGUAGUCAUCACCAAGGGCAAGGGAAAUCACCCAACAAGCAAUGACAAAAUUCUUGCACACCGUGAUGGUGAAAAGACCGUAAUCCACUCCCUCCACCCGGAGGAGGAUGUUGCCUGGCAAGCAAAGCAGAUUGUUUUCGGGCGGUUGAAGGAAGCCAUUGAGCCGUAUGGAGAGAAGAUCGAUGCCAAUAACCCGCCACCAGUGUGGCAGGUUUACCGUAUGGAAAACCUUCCCGGCCCCGGCAAGAUCCAGAUUGUGCAGAAGACCUUCGAAGGGCCCUUUGAGUUUGAUGUGAUCUUCUCGUCGGGCUCAGCCGGCAAGGAAUUGACUUCUGAGGAUGUUACUCGCCAGAUCAAGGCCACCUCCAAGGCAUUUGAGGAGCGAUUCUCAAAGACGUUCAAGUUGCAGAAGCCUUUCACCGGCGAGAAGUUCCAAAAGUUUGGAAAGAGCAUGUUCUCCAACCUUCUGGGGGGUAUCGGGUACUUCCAUGGCGAGCAGGUCAUCGAUCGAUCCUAUGCGGAUGAGUAUGAUGAGACCGAUGAACGCUUCUGGGAGGACGCUGCGGAAGCCAGAGCUCGCAAGAGGCAGAAGUUGGAGGGCCCAUAUGAGCUGUUCACUGCUGUUCCAUCCCGGCCCUUCUUCCCCCGUGGAUUCCUGUGGGAUGAGGGUUUCCACCUGAUUCCCAUCGCUGACUGGGACACUGACCUGACACUGGAGAUUAUCAAGAGCUGGUUCAAGACAAUCGACGAUGAUGGGUGGAUUCCCCGAGAACAGAUCCUUGGCCCAGAGGCUCGAAGCAAGGUACCUGAGGAGUUCCAGGUCCAAUAUCCUCACUAUGCCAACCCACCUACUCUGUUCCUGGCCAUUGAGGACUUCAUGGAACGUUUGCAGCGAGCCAACGGCACCCCCGACGAGGCGAAGGAUGCAAAUGACAUUCACACCGCCCACCUCGACAAUGCCAAGCUUGGUGAGCAAUAUCUGCAUGAGAUUUACCCCCUAUUACGUCGGCAGUACGACUGGUUCCGCAAGACACAGCGUGGAGACAUCAAGACCUACGACCGCGAGGCGUAUUCCACCAAGGAGGCCUACCGAUGGCGCGGCCGCACCGAGACUCAUGUUCUCACGAGUGGGCUGGAUGAUUACCCUCGACCUCAGCCCCCUACUCCCGGUGAGCUGCACGUUGACCUGAUGUCGUGGGUGGGAUUGAUGACCAAAUCCUUACUCAACAUCGCCUCAGCGUUAGGCAACGACGAGGAUGUUGCCGAGUUGAAGAGGAACCUCGACGCCAUCGAGCACAACGUCAAUGAUCUACACUGGUCUGAGAAGGAAGGAUGCUACUGUGACGCGUCAAUCGACGAGUUCGAGGAACAUGCACUCGUGUGCCACAAGGGGUACAUCUCCAUCUUCCCAUUCUUGGUCGGGCUGAUGAAGCCGGAGGAUCCAAAAGUUGGGAGAAUUCUCGACCUCAUUGGCGACGAGGACCACCUGUGGAGUCCCCACGGAAUUCGCAGCCUCAGCAAGCAGGAUCCUCACUACGGCACCGGUGAGAAUUACUGGCGUAGCCCGGUAUGGAUGCCAAUCAACUACCUGGUCAUCUCCUCCCUUAGGAAUCUGGCUGUGCAAGAGGGACCCCACAAGGCGAAGGCUCGCGAACUGUUUUCACGACUGCGUGAGAACCUUGUCAACACGGUGUACAAUAGCUGGAAGGAGACAGGGUUCGCGUGGGAGCAGUACAACCCGGAUACCGGAGCGGGUCAGCGCACGCAACACUUCACAGGAUGGACCAGCCUCGUGGUCAAGUUGAUGGCGAUGGAUGACCUAAGCGAAGAUCAUGUCAGAGAUGAGUUGUGA